AUGGAAGGAAGAAAAAGUGUCGCAAACAAUUCGUCGACUACCUCUGCAGUUAAAGUUCCUACAACUUAUGUCUCACCAUUCUCAAAACCCUUACAACCUCCUAUAAUACCAAAGCAACUUCCUCAUACAAUUGCAAACAAUUCGUCGACUACCUCUGCAGUUAAAGUUCCUACAACUUAUGUCUCACCAUUCUCAAAACCCUUACAACCUCCUAUAAUACCAAAGCAACUUCCUCAUACAAUUGCAAACAAUUCGUCGACUACCUCUGCAGUUAAAGUUCCUACAACUUAUGUCUCACCAUUCUCAAAACCCUUACGACCUCCUAUAAUACCAAAGCAACUUCCUCAUACAAUUGCAAACAAAUUGUCCAACAAUUUGAGUUCUUCUUCUCAAAACACAACAGAUACAGCUCAGCCAACAGGUCAAGCAACAACAACUAUCGGAACAGAAGCAUUUUCAGAAGAAGUUCAUACCAAUCAGACUCCAAUCGAACAUACAGAAACACAACCACCCGAAAAUACAGAAACACAUCCAAUCGAACAUACAGAAACACAUUCUGCAAUGACCACUAGGUCGCAAACACGAUAUCUCGCCUUUUGCAAACAAUUUAAGUCUCAAAUUCAAGACACACAAGAUAGCGACACUCCUCUUUCAGAGAAAGUUCGUAGAAAAUACGCAAAGCAAAGGUUAGAAUUGUUAGAUAAGUUAAAUGAACAGUGGGGUUCAGAAGACAAUCGAGAUUAUAACGAGAUGUUUCAAGCUGUCAUGGAUGCCAUUCAGCCUCUUGAAAACGAAAUCAAAGACCCUGGCGUACUUGUUGACAUGUUUGCUUCAUAUUUACCCGUUACUGCCAAUCUCAUAGCGUUGCAAGCUAUUGACCAGUUCAUUCACUUGUUUCCAAAGAACUUGCAGAAGCAUUUACAAGAAGUUAAAGUUGCUGAAUUUGUCCGUUUAUAUCCAAAUUCAUACAAUUAUUUGGAAGAAUUGAAUGAACAUGGUGAAAGGUCAUUCUAUUUAUAUUUCUACACAAAAGACAACCAGUCAAAACGACUAUACUGCAUUGAACCUAUGCCUCAAUUCGUAGACAAUUUCCACGUUAUAACAACUGUUGCUUUAGAUAUUCCUGCCAGAGUUCCAUAUGGAGGAACAGUAACUAUCUCAAGCUUUCCCAAGGGCUAUAAAGGAAAGCCUCUCACAAUUGCAAAAUUCACACACAGCAGUUGCCAAUUUGUUCAAGAUGUCGAGUUCCAUUUCCUCAACAAUACGACUUUCAUCAUAGAGACUCCUCAAGAAGGUAUAUACAAAGUUUUCAUUGCAGGAUUUGUUGAUCCCAAUGGCGAAGAAGAAGAAGUCGAAGAAAUCCUCACCUCAGAGAGCGAAGAAGAAGAAAAUUUCCAAGACAUUCAAGAUUCAGAAUAUACCGAAUAA